AUGCCACCAUACCGUUUUUAACUGGCAAAUAGAAAGGUUCAUUCGAGAAACAAGUUUUUAUCCUUGACAUUCUAUUCGUAUCUUCUGAUUCUCUUAACUCAAUCAUGAUGAAAUAUAUAGUAUUUAUGAGUGCAAUGGCUUGUUUGGGUUAUUCCCAGAGACCACCAUACGCGGGUAGCAGUCACCGUUAUCCUGUAGUCUUUCCACAAUACACAGAAGCAGCUGUAGCAGCAGCAGCAGCGGCGACAACACCUAUACCAGGACAAACUGCAGACGUUGAGAAUCGUAUCAAUGCUGAAAGUGGAAGUUCUUUGAGUGCAACAAACCCUACCAGUUCUACAACCAUCAAAGUACCAAUUGAUUUACCGGUUGAUGCAUAUGGUGACAUAGAUCUUAUUAAUAGGAUCAAAACCUGGCCUAAAGAAAAACAACCUUUUUGGUUUAUCAAUUGGCAACAAAUUCAAGCUCAUCGAGGUGAUCCAGUUAACUAUGCUCAAGUAAAUCAACAAUUGCAACAAGAUCAACAAACGCAGAACCAGUCAUUUUAUAAUUAAACAAUUGUGAACUGUUUUAUACUUAUAUAUUUAUAUGUAUUUAUAGAGUACAUAUAUACC